UGUUUAUGUCCAUGUGUGUGUGCCAGCUGUCGGCGUUAGAUGCGAGUUAUUGUUUGAUUUGAAGCAAACACAUUUGUAAACGAACGGAACUGAAAUGGCAAACAAAACAGAAAUACCGCUACCAGCUGAAGACCUCGACUGGGUGCAACUGAGACAAGAUCUGGGGCCCGUUGUCGAAGUGGAGACAACCAAAGAGAAACUGUUGCGCAAAAUCAACGAGAACCCUUUAGUGCCAAUUGGCUGCCUUGCGACGACAGCGGCAUUAACAGCUGGUCUUUACAACUUUCGCACCGGCAAUCGCAAAAUGUCACAAUUCAUGAUGCGCACUCGAAUUGCGGCUCAAGGAUUCACUGUUCUCGCCUUGAUUGUGGGCGUGGUAAUGACAUACGGCGACAAGAAAUCAACAAAAUAAUAAUUUAUCGAUUCAAUGUGAUUGUUGUGUAAAUUAAAGAGUUCGACAUCAAAUUUCUAUUCUAGCAUAAUCUAAAUAAUAUUUUUGAUCAUU